AUGUUAGGUAUGGUGCACCUCGACAAUAUUGCCAGAGAUGUUGUAGAAGUUCCAGAUGUGGUCAACGAAGAUGCUAAGCCUAAAGAGGUGAAUGAUGAUGUUAAAACGAUUGUCAUAGCGAUAGAUGUUCAACAACAAUUUACAAAUGAAAUGACUUUCACUUCUCGUCAACAUUUUUUUGAGUGGAUCCGGAUUGAAGCUAGUAAACUUGGAUUUGGCGUUGUAAUUGCAAGGUUCGACAAUGGCACUAAUAGAAUACAAACAUUUGUUGUGAUGAAAUACGGGAGGAUAUAUGGUUUGCGGCGUUUUAAUAUCGUCUGCAAACUUCAUAAUCAUGCAUUGGACACCAAGAUACACACAUAUCCAAUUGUGUGUCCGCUAAAUCCCGAAGAGAAGGAAUCUAUUUCCGAACUAUCCAUAAUCAAAUUUGCGCCGAAAAACAUACUUGCAGAUUUGAAACAAAAAAGACCAGAAAGUGUUUCAAAUAUCAAACAGAUACACAAUGAACGUUAA